CGUCAUCUGUCCUUCCGCGUCGCCGAGUCGCUCCUCCACGUCCAAUCACUCCGAAAACACCCAAUCAUUAAUCCAGAAAUCCAAAGCGUUGAAUUGCUACCUGAUUUCUUUACCUUCUCAUUUGUGAUGUUUGUCUGAAUUAUUUCACUUUCAUUCUCUCUUUUUACCCUCCCCGCCGUUGAAAUCCCCACGUGUACCCGCUCGCCAUGGCGCCGAACGAUGGCAACAACCACAUUGAUAAGCUGGACUUUCCAUCCUCGCGGGAAGAGAGAAGGCCCUUGCUACAUGAUAGACCGGAUCAUUCGCCCGGACCUAGCCAUGGGACGAGCAGGAGCGGCAGCGCAGCACCGUCAUUCUUUGAACAAGUGGCUGAAGGCAUCUAUGAACGAGAUAGAGCCAAAAUGAAGCGCGAAGUUGUGAGAUACACUAGCUUUGUGUGUGCUAUAUUGAGCUGCCUAUGCUGCGGAUCCAUAACUGCCUUUUCGCUCUAUGGACAUUUGUUCAUGUCGCGUCUCAAAUACAGCCAGGCAGCUGUCAACGUAAUAUCCAUAGCAGCGGAACUCGGCCUUUAUCUCCCUGUUCCCGCAUUCGGCUACUUGUGCGAUCGCUAUGGCCCACGUCCUCCGGCGGUAUUAGCAGGAGCUUUUUUUGGCAUCGGCUAUCUCGUAGCUGCCUUCGCAUAUAAGAGCGGGCCUCCAACACAACUAGGCGGAGAAGGAUGGCCACUUUGGACCAUGAUCGUUUCAUUCGUACUCAUUGGCAUGGGCACAAGCUGUAUGUACAUGGCGUCAACCAGCACAUGCGCGAAGAACUUUGGACGGGGCAAGAAUAAGGGCAUCGCCCUUGCUAUGCCCAUUGCUUCUUUUGGCUUAAGCGGAAUGUGGGUAAGCCAGGUCGGAAGCAAAGCGCUGUAUGAGACCAGAGAAGAUGGAAGCAGGGGCGAUGUGGACGUCUUUCGUUUCUUCCUGUUCUUAGGUUGCACGCUACUCGGCAUGGGCAUCAUCGAUGCGUUUGCACUGAAAGUAGUGGACGAGGAAGAAAUGAUUGAAGAGGCAAUAGACGAGCUAGAGCAGAGCGGACUUUUGCAUGAAGAUGAGUUCUUCAACCGUGCUGCACAACAACACGGUUACGGAACCAUCAGCGUUAGGGACAUGUCGGAUUCACAAUUCGACUUCAUACAGUCUGAAGCGGAGCUGCUGAAAGCCAAAGAGGCUGAAGAGAAGGCAAGAAAAGACUGGCUCUUGAAUGCCGAGACAAAGCGAUUCCUCUCGGACUCGACCAUGUGGUGGCUCGCGGGUGGAUUCUUUCUCGUCACUGGCCCUGGCGAGGCUUUCAUCAAUAACCUUGGCACAGUCAUCGGCACUUUGCAUCGGCCUGGCGAACAGACAAACACGUCUCCAGCUACACAUGUUUCUAUAGUGGCUAUCACCUCCACCGUGGCCAGAUUGCUCACAGGCACAUUAACCGACUUCUUAGCGCCGGCCCAUAUCCCAAACCCCCACAGACGCGGACCAACAUCAAUAGCUUCGUCCUUGGCCUCGCUUCCGCCGGCGGAUGAGAACCGUUUUAGUAUUUCUCGCGUCUGGUUCCUUCUAGCCUUUGCUGUUCUCAACUCACUUGGCCAGAUACUUCUCGCCUCGGGCGUGAUUCAAAAUCAUGGUGAACGAUUUUGGGCGGUUAGCGCCCUUGUGGGCGCGGGCUACGGCGCCGUGUUCUCUCUCACACCGAUCCUUAUCAGUGUGGUGUGGGGAGUGGAAAACUUUGGCACGAACUGGGGAAUCGUAGCUACCAUGCCAGCUCUAGGUGCUGCCAUUUGGGGCAUCGUCUAUUCCACGGUUUAUGAAUCGGCAGCAUCUCAUGAAAACCACGACGGUGACUUGCUUUGCUACGGAAUGAGGUGCUACGCGCCAACUUUUUGGGCCAUGGCCGCUUCGGUGCUCGUCGCUUGCGCGCUGUGGUUUUGGGCGUGGCGAGGUCCAAAUGGAUGGAAGAGGAGGGGCAUCGCGAUCUGAAAGCCCAUUUGAGUGAGUUCCCUGGCAUGAUUUGCCUCUUCCCAUGCAUGCAUAUAUAGCGAGGUGUUCUGGUGUUUUUUUUUUUCGUGAUGAGGAUAUACCUAGAAUUACGGCUCAAAUUAUCAUGAUCGCGUGAUUAGUCCAUACAACAUAUGUACAUAGCAAUUGUUUCACGUUGCGUACACUACU